AUGGGUCUUGGGGGCCCUGCAGGUGGGGCGGGAUGUGAUGGCGAGCGAGCCCCCCACCCGCCUGAGCUCCCGCCCCUGGAAGCGCCCCGCCCCCUCGCCCGGCCCCCAGCGGCCCCCCCGCCGCCCCCCGCCUGCUGGCCCCGCUUCUGGGAGGGCCAGGAUGUCCUGGCGCGCUGGACCGACGGCCUCCUCUACCUGGGCACCGUCAAGAAGGUGGACCCCCUGCGGCAGGUGUGCCUGGUGCAGUUCGAGGACGACUCGCAGUUCCUGGUGCUCUGGAAGGACAUCAGCCCCGCUGCACUGCCCGGGGAGGAGGGGACUUGCUGCGUUUGCCACCUGGAGGACCUGAGCCCUGAGGAGAACCGCCUGGUGAGGUGCGAAAAGUGCAGCCACGCCUACCACCAGGAAUGCCACCUUCCCAGAGUGCUCGGGGAUGGCCCCUGGAUGUGCCGGCAGUGUGUCUUCGCUGUGGCCACCAAGAGGGGAGGCGCCCUCAAGAAAGGGCCCUACGCCAAAGCCAUGCUGGGCAUGAAGCUGGUGCUGCCCUACCAGCUGAAGGCCCUGGAGUGGGAUGCCGACCACCUCACCAACCGGCAGCAGUGCUACUGCUACUGCGGGGGCCCCGGAGAGUGGAACCUGAAGAUGCUGCAGUGCCGGGAGUGUGCCCAGUGGUUCCACGAGGCCUGCACCCAGUGCCUUAGCAAGCCCCUCCUCUAUGGGGACAGGUUCUACGUCUUCGAGUGCUGCGUGUGCACGGGGGGCCCAGAGACCGUCCGCCGCCUCCCGCUGAGAUGGGUGGACGUGGCGCACCUCAUCCUCUACCACCUCAGCAUCUGCUGCAAGAAGAAGUACUUUGACUUUGAGCGGGAAAUCCUGCCCUUCGCCAGUGAGAACUGGGACAGCCUGCUGCUGGGAGAGCUCUCUGACACGCCCAAGGGGGAGCGGUAUAGCCAGCUGCUGAAUGCCCUCACCACGCACAAGGACAGGUUCAUCUCCGGGAAGGAGAUCAAGAAGCGCAAAGGCCUUUUCGGGCUGCACCUGAGGAUCCCGCCCCCCGCCCCCCACACGCCCCCUCCCGGAGCUCCCCCCCUCCCCCGUGCUGUGCAGAUAAGGAGGGUCUCUUACAGCUUCCUUUCAGGACAGGGCAGGUGUGGGAAGGGGCCGGAGCGCAGGAGGGCCAGACAGCGUCGUCGCCUCCUCCGCCAGCAGGGGGAGCCACCCCCAAGCGUGGCCUUGCGCAGCACCACGGAGAGGGAGCGGCUGCAGAGAGCCCUCACGCAGGAGGUGGUGCAGAACCCAGUCAGCGCUAACCAGACGUACAGUGGCUUCGGCGGCACCUCCGGAACUUACAACUUCCGCCGCACUGAUGCCCGCUGCCAGGACAGCGCUCCGAUCCGGAUGUUCGCCUCCUUCCAUCCCUCAGCCAACACCGCAGGGACCUUGAGCACGAGCAGCAGACCCUCCCUCAGCUCCUGCGACCUUCCUGCCUCCACAGACCACCACGACAGCCCCGAACCUCCAGCCCCCUUCCUGCCCCUCUCGGCCCCCGCCCCCAAGCCCCCCGCCUCCACCCCCACCCUCUGCGCCCCCGCCUCCACCCCCUCCACCAGCACUUACUUCGGAGCCGUGGGCCGGCUGGCACGCGGGGAGGCCGUGCGGAUCCUGGCCAGGCGCGUCACCCCUGACGGCACCGUCCAGUACCUGGUGGAGUGGGACGGGGGAGGCAUGUUCUAGCCCCACGGGAGCCUGAACUGACG